UCGUCUGGUUGUGCGGUCGUGAGUUCUAUCGGAAACUCUCUGUUCUCCGGGGCAAUCGACGGGCGGCUGUCCCUUAGUGAUUUACAGCUUACCCGGUCGAAACCCGAUCACGGAGCCCGGCGGAGAUCGCGGCGCUGUGCUCGUCAGGCAGAGACGUCUCUUGAGAAAGUUAAGCCUCCUCUCGGAGAUGGUAUCUGAUACCGCAUCGGCGUUGUCAUUACUCCGGAUCUAAAAGCCCUCCACAAAAUCUCCUUCAAACGUCUCUCUGUCGCUGCAGUUGUAGCCCAUCCUUUGUUCUCGUUCGGUGGCCGUUAUUGUCUAGGACGGCUCACCCAGGCGGAUUUGUGCCAAACCGUCAAGCGCUCCUAGUCUAAGCGUGUCCAAGUGUCAUGGCUCUCCUUCUCAAGCGAAUACCUCGCUCGCGGACUUUCACGUCGUCUCUGUCAAUCACAUCAACGAGGAACAGCUCAAAAUGGUCCGACCCCGAGUACCAAUACCUGCAACAGAGCAGAAUCCCAACAAUGCACUUCCAAAGAUCUCUACCCAGACUCCCCAUACCACCAUUGGAGAAAACAUGCGCCCGAUAUCUUCGGUCCCUGCAACCGGUGGUUUCCGCGGAAGAAUUAGAGAAGACCGCGGUCAUCGUGAGAGACUUUAGCGAGGGUCAGGGCAAGUUACUCCAUGAAGCUCUCGUGAACAGCGACAAACAGAACAAGCACACAUCCUACAUUUGCGGACCGUGGUUCGAUAUGUAUCUUUCGUCUAGGCUGCCAGUCCCCCUGAACUACAACCCCUUUCUGGCAUGGAGGAGAGAUCCUGAUGAAAAAUACAACGACCAGUUGGUGCGGGCGGCGAAUCUAAUAGCUUCAUCAUUGAGAUUUCGGAAAUCACUCGAAGCGAAUGCUCUGGAGCCAAUGGUCUUUCAUCUGAACCCCGCCAAAAGCGAUUCACCAUUUUACAGGGACGUGAUGAGAUUAUUGCCCGAAUCGGUGUCCUGGUACGGGUCGUUCGCUUUCAAAGCGUAUCCCUUGGACAUGUCGCAGUUCAAGAAUCUCUUCAACACGUCUAGAAUCCCUCGAGAAGGCAAAGACACACUCCAUUACGAACCGAAUGCCAGACACAUGGUGGUUCUGCAUUUGGGAAACUUCUACAAGUUCGAAGUCGUCGAUCAGAAUGGCGAAAUCGUCUCCCCGCAAGCAAUAUUCGCCAACCUGGCCUGCAUAAUGGACAGCAAAGACCCGAGAGCCCAGACACCCUUGGGAGCUCUCACUACCAUGGAACGAGACGAGUGGGCUCGGGUGAGAGAAGCCGCGGCUGAAAACGGAAACCAAGAGCACUUCCGGGACAUCGAUAGCGCUGUGAUGCUGUUGGUCCUCGACGAAGAAAAGUUCGAUCUUGCCGGCGAUAAUCGAAUUGAACUGGCUCAUCAUUUCCUUCAUGGUCCUGCUCACAAUCGAUGGUUCGACAAGAGUUUCUCGAUGAUUGUGACGAAGUGUGGCAACGCUUGUGUUAAUUUCGAGCAUUCUUGGGGUGACGGAGUUGCCGUUUUACGAUAUUUCAAUGAAGUCUUCGAUGAUUCCACGAAAAAGCAUCGCUGCCAUCCCGGAAACGGCAUCAGAGCUGACCUCGUCACUGUCAAGAAGCUCGAUUUCGUGAUUGACGCCGCGCUCCAAGAAGCAGUCGCCCGAGCCACGGCGGCUUAUGAAGCGAAAAGGAGUAGCUUGCACUUGACAGCUGUAGAGCACGAAGGAGUCACGAAAGAAUUCAUCAAGAAUCAGAGGCUCUCGCCCGAUGCGAUCUUCCAGCUGAGUUUCCAACUCGGUUUCUACAAGCAGCAUGGUUUCAUCCCCGUCACGUACGAGUCGUGCUCAACCUCGGCCUUCCGCCAUGGGCGGACAGAAACCGUGCGUCCAGCUACCGAGGAGACGAAAAGGGCCAUCGAAGCGAUAUGUUCCGAUAGAUCAAGCCCUCAAGAAGUGAGGAAAUUGAUCGAUGAAGCAUCGAAAACUCACAACCAGCUCACGAAAGAAGCGGCUCUGGGGCAAGGAUUCGAUCGUCACCUGUUCGCUCUGAAGCAUGUCGCUCAACAGAACGGUCAGCCUCUCCAUCCCCUCUACGAAGAUCCCGUGUUCCAGAACAAUAGGUUCACGCUCUCGACCUCUACACUCCACGGCGAAGCCUUCAUCGCCGGCGGAUUCGCGCCCGUCAUCGAGGACGGUUUCGGGCUUGGGUACGGGAUGCCGGAGAAGAAUUUCGGCACUCUGAUUUCAUCCUACAAACCGCACAACAACGGAGAAGACUUGGCGAGGUGCCUCAAAGAAGGCCUCGAUCAAAUAGUGGAUAUACUCCAGCGUUGUGAUACCUCGUCCAAGCCGUGA